UAUUAGCUUCUUCUUCUUCCUCUUCUUUCUUAAAUUGAAUUUAUGAUUUUCUGAACCUUUUCUACAUUGUCAACAUUCUCAUGCUUGUGCUCAUAAUAACUAAGGUUUUGUGUACGUUUCUGAAUUUGUAUAUAUAGUUAUGAGCAACACAAUGAUGCCAAGGAGCAAACUCAUGUUUAAUUUGGUUUAUGAUAGAGGUUGACACACUCACACACUCCUUUCUUAAUUUCUAUCUUUUUUUCUAUUCAAUUCCACACAUUUUUUUAUUUUGAAAAAAAAGAAGACAAAAAUGGAUAAUAUUGGCAAGAGUAUGAAGCAUGAGAGCAAGAAAGUGGGCAUCAUCACGAAAACAUGGGAGAGAUGCAAGUCCAUAGGACGAGGAGGGGUAAAGAUUAAAUAUCCAUCCUCAGUGACUCCAACGACAAGAAGGAGUAAAUCCUGGCCUAAUCUACGAGGCGAGGAAAUCAAGAUAGGUAAGAAAGUUGCACCAGAAGGAUUCUUUUCCGUGUACGUGGGAUCUCAAAUGCAAAGGUUUGUGAUAAAAACCGAGUAUUGUAACCAUCCUUUGUUCAAGAUGUUGCUUGAAGAAGCUGAAUCAGAAUACGGUUAUAGUUGUCAAGGACCUUUGACUCUUCCUUGUGAUGUUGAUGUUUUUUACAAAGUGUUGAUGGAAAUAGAUAACGAAACUCCUUCUCAAGGUUGUACUUUUGGUGGAAACCGCUCUCGUUCAUCUUAUCAACUUCUUAGUCCUUCUCGAGUGAUCAUCUUAAACAACUUCUGAUUAUCAUUUUAGUACUAUCUAUUUUAUUCUAAAAAAAAAGUUUUGAUAAUCUGGACUUUCGAUCGCGAAUUUUAGAUUAUCUUAAACUUCAUACAUACCUAUAUAAUAAUGUUUUGUUGAAUUAAUUUCCCAUAUAUAUCUAGUGUAGUUAGUCUUGUGUUAAUUUCUUUCCAUUGCAAGUAGUGAUUAUGGAAUAUAAUGAUCAAAUGUUGAAAUUAGUAAAACGUGUGAUCCAUGGUUUACCCUA